AUGACGAGCAGAAGAAGAACGAUAGCGACGAGAAGAGUGAACCAGCUGGAUGCGGGUUUAUUAGACGACGAGCUGAGCGAGCUUCUGCUGGCCCCACUGAGCACCAGUCUGGGGCCCUUACUGGGCAGACACCAAUCGACAGACGAGCUCUGGAUGCUCGGCCAGCUGCUCAUCCUCGGAAGCUCUCUCCUCCUCCAGAAUCAUCCUAGCACCUAUGGCAGUCGGCUGGAGAACCUGCAAUGGCUCGAUCAUCCUCAUCGGAUCUCGAGGAGGAAGAUGGCGCUCUACAUUCUCCUAUCAGUCGUCCCAGGAUACCUGCAAGGCCGACUCCGGGACGCGAUGAUCAGUCGGGGAUACAACGAAACUCCCCGGGCGUCGGGGUACGGGUUGGGGCAGCUACUGAGUGGGCGACAUUGGCGUCGGACGGUGUGGGAGGGAGUGGAGCGACUGGGGCUGGUCGGCCGGCUGCUUGGGCUGCUCAACUUCCUGGCCUUCCUCGUCAAAGGGAGCUUCCGCUCCCCGCUCGAGCGGCUCCUCCGGAUCAGACUCGUCCCCAUCUCCUCCCAGCUUCGACGGACCGUCGCGUUCGAGUUCCUGAAUCGCCAGCUCCUCUGGCAGGCCCUUACAGUCUCAGACUUCAUCCUCUUCAUCCUCCCAUUGAUCGACUUCCGCCGUCUACGUCUACGGCUACGAGCCCUGGGGUAUCGCCUCCAAGCGCUCCUAUCGGGCCGAUCGACGGGCUUGCACAGCAUCAUGACGGGAAGAUCGGCCGAAGAGGAGGGAGAAGGAGAAGGAGAAGACAGGAUGAGGAAGAAGCGGCUGGGCGGAGGAGUGGGCCGGGACCGAUGUCCGAUAUGUGUCGCCCGCCGGCUGCCGACGAACGGCGCGGGGUCACUGCUGGCGGACCCGAGCCACCGGCCGGACCGUCAGGGCGCCGACGGCCGGACCCAUCCGCCCGAAGACUGCGCGCUCAAGAUCGCCUACCAGGUCGACUGUUGCCAAGGCCUCUACUGCUACUCUUGUCUCCUCCACGACAUCCUCGCUUGGAGAGAGACCCAUCUCGUGAGCCCCUGGGCCUGUUGGAGGUGCGGCGACGCACCCACACGGGUUUCUAGAUCGGACGGCUCCUCCCUCGCCCCACGCUCUUGA